CCAAUUUGUUGCUAUAGAACGCAAACAGAACAAAAUCAACUCAAAAUUGAAGAGUCUCUCAGUCGUUAGGGGAAGGAAAUAGAGAAAAUGGCUAGCUUCACUGCCUCCGCUUCCACUGUCUCCGCCGCUCGUCCGGCUCUUCUUCUCAAGCCCACCGUCGCCGUCUCCGCUCCUGUUCUUGGUUUGCCUCCAAUGGGUAAGAAGAAGGGAGGAGUCAGAUGCUCAAUGGAGACAAAGCAAGGAAACGUCUCAGCCAUGGGGGCUGGAGUUUCAGCGGCAGCAACAGCUGCUUUGUCCGCGGUGAUGAGCAACCCGGCAAUGGCAUUGGUUGAUGAGAGGAUGUCAACAGAAGGAACAGGAUUACCCUUUGGACUCAGCAACAACCUCUUGGGUUGGAUUCUGUUUGGAGUGUUUGGUUUGAUCUGGACUUUCUACUUCGUCUACACUUCUUCUCUGGAAGAGGAUGAAGAAUCUGGUCUCUCACUCUAAAGAAAUGAAUCUUUCGUCUUCUCCUUUUCCAUUUUCAUGUGAGAACAUGAAUCAAAAGCGUUCGUAAUUUCUAGUUUCUUGUAAUUGUUAAGUAAAGACUAAAAAAAACUAUUGUCAUGUGUUUUUCCCAUUCUCUUUAUCUUGACUCACAAUGAUGAAGAGGAGGAGAUUAUGUGAUUAUUAAAUAUA